UAUCCAUAACGUCGAAACGUAAGUGGUUUGCCACGCGCCUUCGUGUGUAAUCGCUUCUCCCCUUCCAACUUAACCAGUUUUUGUCCGGCAAUCAGAAACCCUAACCUCUUCAAAUCCUCAAAUUUCUCUCAAGAUUGGAUGGUUUCGCUCCGCUCUGUUUUGUAGCACUUGCACUUCGAUUUCGAAUCCAUUUUUGUUCUUCAAAUCCUUCUGAGUAUUUUGUAGGGAAAUUUAAUCCAUAUAUAUAUAUAUAUAUAUUAUAUUCUGGCAUGGGUUCGGAGGAUCCUCCAAGUCUAAUCAAUGAGGCCAAUGUUCCAGAGGAUGUAUCCGAAGACAGGUCUUGUCAUAGCAAGAACAAAGGGAAAGUGCCCAAAAGAAUUCAUAAAGCUGAGAGGGAGAAAUUGAGACGGGAGCAUUUGAAUGACCUCUUUCUUGAUCUGGGUGGUGCACUUGAACUGACUCAGCCAAACAAUGGAAAGGCCUCUAUACUAUGUGAAGCCACUCGACUUCUGAAGGACUUGGUUGGUCAGGUCCAGUGCCUGAGAAAGGAGAACGCAUCACUUUUGUCUGAAUCUCACUAUGUGACUGUUGAGAAGGGGGAGCUGAUGGAGGAGAACUCGGCCCUCGAAAGUCAGAUUGAGAAACUGCAGGCAGAGGUAGAAGCAAGAGUGGUGCAAUUAAAUUCAGACUUGAAUAUACCUCUUGAAUAUCAACAACCAGAACUGAGACCACAAUUCCCUGGAGAAUGUCUUGGUUUACCAACUAUGAAACCUGGGUUGCCGCAAGCUCCUGCUGUUUUUGUUGUUCCCAUUUGUCCUGAAGUCCCAUCAUCCUUCACUGCCUAUACACCCGUCUCACAUGUGAGCAAACCACAUGCCAGGUACCCGGACUCAACUGAUUCAUGGCCUCUCCGAUUUCUCGGGGAUCAGCCGAGUGCUGGAAAAGAAUUUCAACAUAAGUCUGUUCCUAUUUCUGGAGAACACGUCGCUGAUAACUUGUAAGUUUAAAUAAUGUCUAUGUUUAGUAAUUUGUAACUGCACUUCCUCCUUUGUUCAUGAUUUAUUGGUAAACGCCACUUUGGGAGAGUACAUAUGUUGCUUGGUAGUUACUGGUAAAUAUAUAUUUCUAUGUGAAUUAGUUGGUAUGCACUACUCAUCUGUCAUUGGAUUUACUAAUUUAUCCAAUGAAAGAACCUUUGCUGCAUAAUAA